AUGCAAACUUCGCUACAUUUCUUCCUUUUCUUCAUCACACUCUGGGUCAGUAUCAUCAUCCCAGCAGUUCAGAGUCAGUGUAUUAAAGACGAGCAAUUAUCAUUGCUCCAAUUCAAGAAAAGCCUCGUGUUCAAUCAUUCCACCAAGCUUGUUUCUUGGAAUGCAAGUACUGAUUGUUGUUCGUGGGUCGGCGUCACUUGCAGCCGUAAUGGGCGUGUUCUGGUUCUUGAUAUAAGCAGCGAACAGAUCUCAGCUGGAAUUGACAGUUCCAGCAGUCUCUUCCAGCUCCAUUUCCUUCAGAGCCUCAAUCUGGCGGACAACCAACUUGGUGCAUCCAUUCCAACUGCGAUCGGAAAGCUCUUGAACUUGAGGUAUCUGAAUUUAUCUCUUAAUUUUUAUUCAGGGCAAAUUCCCAUGGAGAUUUCUCGCUUAAGGAGGUUGGUAGUUCUUGAUCUUUCCAGUGAUUAUGAGUACUUAAAACUUGGAAGUCCAAAUUUACACAGGUUGGUUCACAACUUCACAGAGCUUAGAGAGUUAUAUCUUGAUGCUGUCCAAAUAUCAGAACAGGGGAAUGAGUGGUGCCGAGCCAUAUCGUCUUCCCUUCCCAACCUCAGGGUCUUGAGCAUGUCCGCUUGUGAUCUUUCAGGCCCUUUUCACGAGUCCCUUGCUAAGCUUCAGUCUCUAUCUGUAAUUAGGUUGAAAUGGAACUAUAUCUCUGCGCCAGUUCCAGGAUUCUUUGCCGACUUUUCAAAUUUAACUGUCUUGGAUCUCUUUGGUUGCUCGUUGCAUGGAACAUUUCCCAAAGAUAUCUUUCAAUUACCUUCUCUACUACGUAUUGACCUUUCAACUAAUGGCCAACUUAAGGGCUCCUUGCCACAAUUCCCAAACAAUGGAUCUCUUCAGUACUUGGACCUGAGCGGGACAAAAUUUUCAGGGUUAUUACCAAAUUCUAUCGGCAACCUCAAAAUGUUGUCCACCAUCUCUAUUCAAGAUUGCAAUUUCAACGGACCGGUCCCCAAGUCAAUGACAAACCUUACACAAUUGGUUUAUUUGAGAAUGGCUAACAACAAGUUGGAAGGUUCGGUUCCGUCAUUCAGUAUGGCCAAGAAUGCUAUCAACAUAGACAUUUCCUACAAUGGUUUAACAGGUACUAUAGAUUCCACCCACUGGAGAAACCUUACUAAGCUAUCUCGUCUCAGUUUGAGCUCUAAUAAGCUCGAUGGGGAUGUCCCAGCAUCUUUGUUUUCUCUUCCCCUAUUGUGUGAUCUAGAUCUUUCUAGCAAUCAAUUUUCUGGUCCAGUCCCUGAAAUUUUAAAUGUGUCUUCCUACUUGCUGAAUGGUCCUGAUCUUGAACUUGAUUUGAGUAGCAACAAUCUCGAAGGGCCACUGCCUAUGUCUAUCUUUAGCUUGCGAGGUCUUAAGACUCUAAAUCUUUCUUCAAAUAAUUUAAGUGGCUCGUUUCCUCUUGAUGAUCUACACCAGCUGAGAAAUCAAUCUAACUUGCAAACAUUGGACCUUUCAGAUACCCAGAUAAAUGGCAAGGUACCCAACUGGAUUUGGAGUUUUAGUAAUCUUAGGUACCUAGAUCUUUCUUGCAACUCCCUAGAUUCUCUAGAAUUUCAUUCAAUCAAUCUCACUAAUCUAUAUUACCUUGACCUUCAUUCCAAUCGGUUUCAUGGCCAAAUCCCAAUUUUUGAACCACCUUGCAAUGUCCAUUAUCUAGAUUUCUCAAAGAAUUAUUACAGCUCUAUCAUACCGAGUACCAUUGGAGAUGUGUUUCUUAACGUUGAAUUCUUGUUGCUUUCGAGCAAUAACCUCAAUGGGAUCAUUCCAGAAUCAUUAUGCAAUCCACAAAGUCUUAAGAUUCUUGAUCUGUCCAAUAAUUCUUUGAGUGGCACGGUUCCCCGGUGCUUGAGCAUGCUUGUAGUACUCAAUGUAAGGAGAAACAAUCUUACAUAUGUUGAUGAAUUCUCUGAAAAUUGCGGUUUAGAAACGCUAGACAUCAGCGGAAAUCAGAUUCAAGGCCAGUUUUUAAAAUCUCUUGUCAACUGCACCCAGUUAGAGAUUUUAAACCUUGGAAACAAUCUGAUAACAGAACAAUUUCCAUGCUUUUUGAGGAAGACAUCCACCUUGAGAGUCCUUAUCUUGCGAUCCAAUAAAUUUUAUGGGCGCAUUGCAUGUCAGAAAACUAAUGGCACUUGGCCUGUACUUCAGAUCAUAGAUCUAGCUCACAACAAUUUUAGUGGUGAAGUACCAGCUGGAACAACUUUGACAACUUGGCAAGCCAUGAGGACUAGAAGAUAA